GAGUAGUAAGGUGUCCAAAAGUUCAUCAUUUUAUCCUAAACUUUUGGUAAUUUCAUUCGAUGGAUUUCGACAUGAUUAUCUAGAUCUCGUUGCAACACCAAAUUUGCAUCGCUUGGUGAGAGAAGGCGUUCAUGCUCCUUGGAUGAAAAAUGCUUUCAUAACAAAAACAUUGCCAAAUCAUUAUACAAUUUUAACUGGAUUAUACGAAGAAUCUCAUGGUAUUGUUGGGAAUGAAAUGUAUGAUCCUUUACUUAAUGCAACUUUUGAUUUAAACAAAGAUAUGACAAACUCCAAGUGGUGGGAUAAUGGGCAAAUUACACCAGUUUGGUUAGCAAAUCAGUUGGAAGACAGUACUCGUCUGAGUGGAGGAAUGAUGUGGCCAGGCUCUUAUGCAGUGAUUCGUAACAUGACACCUUUUUAUCAUGUUUAUUAUAACACAAGCAUCUCUUGGAAACAGCGAGUAAAUAUUGUGAUGUCUUGGCUAACUAACCAAACGUAUCCAGCCAACUGUGUGUUUUUGUAUUUUGAAGAACCUGAUGUCACUGGACACACAUAUGGACCUAGUUCCCAGCAGGUUAAAGAAAAAGUGCAACAAGUAGAUAAUAUUAUUGGUUAUUUAAUUAAAAAACUUGAGGAAGCUCACCUGUAUGAUGUAGUUAAUCUCAUUGUGUUAAGUGACCAUGGAAUGGCUAACGUUCCUGAACAGAAUGUGAUUGAAAUUGACUCAAUUUUGGAUUCAACACUCUAUGAAAAGUAUGGAGGUUCACCAGUAUGGAAUAUAAGGCCUGUUGAUGGAAAAAUUGAAGAUGUUUACAAAAUUCUAAAAAAUGCCUCAAAAUUUCACAACUUCACAGUAUACAGAAAAGAGAAUAUUCCAGAUGACUACCACUACAAAAGUCACCGUCGUGUCAUGCCAAUUUUGUUGAUAGCUAAAGAAGGAUGGGGAAUAGUGCAUAAUCUAAGUCAGCACAUUAAUUUGCGUGGAUUGCAUGGUUAUAACAAUAGUCUUCCAUCUAUGCAACCUCCUUUCAUUGCUCAUGGCCCAGCCUUCAAAGUCAACUUCACAAUGAAUCCUUUCAACACUGUGGAUCUCUAUCCUCUGAUGUGUCAUAUUCUUGAUAUAUCAUCUAGAUACAGCAAUGGGUCCUUAGCAAAUGUCUGGCCUAUGUUGAAUAUCAAAUUGAGCCAUUCACUCCACAUCAACUAUUUUAAUUCUUGGGUCAUAGUGACAAAGACCAUGAAACCAUCGAGUGUCAUAAUGAGUCAUGCUGCCCCAAAUGGACUGAAAAAUCCUUCAGAAGUGUAA